GGUUCCUUGGGGAGAGGGGCUGGGGACUCGGACGCCUGGUUUCCCGAGGAAAGUGUGUCAGGUCAGCUUCUAGGGCAGAGAGAUGUUGGGAACCUGGAUGUGCAUCUCCAGGGAGUGAUUCCCAGCGACCCCCGCCCCCCCGCCCCAGGCCUGGGGACUGGGAGAUCUGGGGGCUGGGAUUUUUCUCGGAAGUUGAGGGGGGGAGGUGCCGCAGAGGAGCGCCCUCCUCCCCCUUCCUCAGUUUCCACGACGCUGGUGGAAAGUUGGGUCAGAGGGGAAAGUGCGGAGCAAAGGGAAGGAAACGGCGGAGGCGGAAGCUGCACCUGAAAGCUAAGAUUGGCUUUGGAGUUCUCAGGCGGCGUCAGUGUGCCAGUUUUUCCGCGCAGGAGGGCGAGGGAGGGUGCCUGAAUCCACUCCCCCGCGAAGUUGGGUGGCUUAAGGACCUCUGAUUGCUUCCCCCCCGCCUCCCCCGCCGCGUAGUGAGCCGGAGUGAACGCAGCCACUGCCCAUCACAGACCGUGAAGAAGCUCCUGGAAGAACAGAGGCGCCGUCAGCAGCAGCCGGACGCUGGUGGGGUACCGGGACAGUUUCCGCCUCCCCUGGCCCAGUCCCUGACCCCAUCUGUGAAUGAGAGUGAGGCUGGACUCCCUGGAUACCCGGCUUUAUGCAGAACCUUCCCUGCCACAGGCAGGAUCCUGGAGAGGUUCCGGACUCCCCCUAGGACCCCCACAGUUACCCCCUAUGGCCACUGGACCAUCCCUGGACACAGCCCGUGCUCACAUGCUGGCUUUGGGGCCACAACAGCUGCUGGCCCAGGACGAGGAGGGAGACACGCUCCUGCAUCUGUUCGCGGCUCGGGGGCUGCGCUGGGCAGCAUAUGCCGCAGCUGAGAUGCUCCAAGUGUACAAACAUCUGGACAUCCGUGAGCAUAAGGGCAAGACCCCUCUCCUGGUGGCUGCUGCCGCCAACCAGCCCCUGAUUGUGGAGGAUCUACUGAACCUCGGAGCAGAGCCCAAUGCCACUGAUCAUCAGGGACGUUCUGUCUUGCAUGUGGCUGCUACCUAUGGGCUUCCAGGCGUCCUCUCGGCUGUGAUUAACUCGGGGGUUCAGGUUGACCUAGAAGCCAGAGACUUCGAGGGCCUCACCCCUCUCCACACAGCCAUCCUGGCCCUCAACGUUGCUAUGCACCCACCUGACCUAUGUCCCCGGGUGCUGAGCACCCAGGCCCGAGACAGGCUGGCUUGUGUCCAGAUGUUGCUGCACAUGGGUGCUGAUCACACCAGCCAGGAGAUCAAGAGCAAUAAGACAGUUCUGCAUCUGGCUGUGCAGGCCGCCAAUCCUACCCUGGUUCAGCUGCUCCUUGAGCUGCCCCAGGGAGACUUGCGGGCCUUUGUCAACAUGAAGGCCCAUGGGAACACAGCCCUCCACAUGGCGGCCGCCCUGCCCCCUGGGCCCCCCCAGGAGGCUAUCGUGCGGCGCCUGCUGGCAGCUGGGGCAGAUCCAACACUGCGAAACCUGGAGAAUGAGCAGCCCGUCCACCUGCUGCGGCCUGGGCCGGGCCCUGAGGGGCUCCGGCAGCUAUUGAAGAGGAGCCGUGUGGCACCCCCAGGCUUGUCCUCUUAGGACUCAAACCCAGAACCUGGACUGAUUUUCCAGUCCCCACCGUCCUGUGGGACAGCCAGCGUAUGCUAAUGUUGCAAAUCCAUGAUAAUGUAUGUGGAAUGUCCUGCCAUCGGGGUCUUACAUUAAAACCCCAACAUGGCUGCUGGGGGUAAACAAUCCCCAAUAUUUGGGGUGGCGUAAUACCCCUCCCCCACCCACAAGGAGCCCUCUUGAUGAUUUCUGUGAAAUCGAGGCCCCUUGAUUGUUUCUGUGAAACACCCUAGACCCCUAACCCUUUCUCCAUUGGGAUCUUUUGGGACCCCUUCCCUACUCAACUCUAGUUCAACUCACCUAGAACCCCAGAUGGGAUUUCCCUACACAGUACUUGGGGUACCCCCAGAAUAGCUCCUAGUGUCAUCCAGUAGAGCUCCUAAGAUGACCCCCCAAACCUCCGCAGGACCCACACCAUUCAGGUCCUUACCCCUGAGACAUAGGAAGGACUCUCCUAGAUUGGAGUCCCCUAGGUCCUAUGCUUUCUAAUUCAGAACUCAGAUCUCCGCAUUUCCAGUGAAUCCCUCCCCUAUCUGAAACUUCUUAUUAAACUCAGUUUGGACUGCACUGUCAUUGUCUCAGUCUCUGGGGGUGUUGGUGCAGGGGAGCGGCCGUGGUGCUUGGCUGAGGAGGCAUGUUCGGAUGACUGUGUGGGGUGGGGUGUGUAGCAGACUGGAGGUGCCAAGUCUGCAUCGUGUCACCUUUACCCUGUCAGCACCUGGUGGUCUGCCUGCCUGUGGCAGGCAGUGUUCCCAUGGGCCUGGGGACCCGCGAGACCACUGGUGCCCACUCUACCCUGGGUAUGAGCCUGGUAGCCUUAACUGCCAAUGAGUUUAUGCCACUUCCUAUCUAACAGCCCUCAAAGCAGAGACUGAAAGGAGAUGGUACAGAAAGACUCCAGAUCCCCCACCUCUCUAUGAGGAUAAUGUGGAAGUGUGUGUUCUACACAGGCUCCCAGAGCUCCCCAACAGAAUUACGCUCCUGUUCCCCACGCUAGCUCUGGCUUGAUGACAUACCCUUUCCUGACUGCUUUCCCUUUUCUGUGUCCUGUCCCACCUCCUGAGAUCCAUACCCGAGCCGAAGGCAGGUGCCCAACCAUCUGAGCCACCCAGGCGCCCCAAGAGGAAGUGUU